GACCUUCCUGUGUCCCCUGUGUCGAGGGGCGCCUCAGGGCUGCUCCUCACUCCUCCCUGUUUCCCCCGACAGAGGCUCCUCUGCAGACACUUCACAUGGACGUGUGGGGCCCGGCCCCCGUCCGUGGGCAGGGUCACGAGCGCUACUUCCUGUUGGUGGUUGACGACUACUCGCGUUACACCUCAGUCUUCCCCUUGCGCAGCAAGGGUGCUGUCACUGAGGUGCUGAUCGACUGGAUCCGCGAGGCUCGUCUCCAGCUCAGGAGGAGCUUCGGCUCGGACUUUCCUGUUCUGCGUCUGCACUCUGACCGAGGUGGGGAGUUCUCCUCUCGCCUUCUGCGAGACUACUGUCGUGCACAGGGGAUCCGCCAGACCUUUACGCUUCCGGACUCUCCACAGCAAAAUGGGAUUGCUGAGCGCCGCAUUGGCAUGGUCAUGGAUGUCGCUCGUACGUCCAUGAUGCAUGCGGCUGCCCCCCAUUUUCUGUGGCCGUUUGCGGUUCGGUACGCGGCGCAUCAGCUCAACCUUCACCCCAGGGUCUCUCGGCCCGCGAUGUCCCCAGUGUUACUGUGGACGGGGAAGGUCGGCGAUGCGUCUGCGUUCCGUGUCUGGGGAUCUCGGGCGUUUGUCCGCGACUUGUCUGCGGACAAGCUGUCCCCCCGUGCUGCUCCCUGUGUCUUCCUUGGCUUCCCCCCUGACGCUCCAGGGUGGCAGUUCUACCACCCCUCCUCUCGUCGUGUUCUGUCCUCCCAGGACGUCACGUUCGACGAGUCAGUCCCCUUCUACCGCCUCUUCCCCUACCGUACUCCUUCCCUUCCCCCCCCACCGGACUUCCUGGUAGACACGGUCGAGCCAGUCGAGGUUGCUGCUGAGUCUGGUCCUGCUGCGGGUGCUGAGCCCGGGGGUGCUGCUGCUGUGGGUGCUGAGCCUGGGGAUGCUGAGCCUGGGGGUGCGAGGCCGGGGGGUGCUGAGUCUGGGGGUGCUGAGCCGGGGGGUGCUGAGCCGGAGGGUGCUACGUCAGGAGCUGCUGAGCCUGGGGGUGCUGGGCCUGGAGGUGCGGAGCCUGCGCCUGCUGGACCUGGGGGCUCUCCGGUUCUUCCGUCUCGGCGGGAGCCGCUCUCUCCACAGGAGCUGCGCGAGUGGUUUGCUCGCCGCUGGAGGCGUGCUGCUGGAGCUGGAGCUUCUUCGCCUGCUGAGGGUGCUGCCGGUCCCGGAGCUGCUGGGCCUGCGGGUCCUACUGGAGCUGGAGCUACUGAGUCUGGGGGUGCUGAGUCUGGAGCUGCUGAGCCUGGAGGUGCUGAGUCUGGAGCGGCUGUGCCUGGGGGUGCUGAGUCUGGAGCUGCUGAGCCUGGGGUUUCUCCUGCUGCUGCGUCUCGCCGGGAGCCCCUCUCUCCACAGGAGCUGCGUGAGUGGUUUGCUCGCCGCUGGAGGCGUACUGCUGGAGCUGGAGCUUCGUCGACCGUCGAGGGUGCUGGUGCUGCCGGUCCCGGAGCUGCUGGGCCUGCGGGUCCUACUGGAGCUGGAGCUGCUGAGGGUGUUGGUGCUGAGACUACUGCUGUCUGUCCUGGCGAUGGUUCUGCUGCUGGUGCUGCUGGAGGUCCUGCCGCUGGAGGUGUUGGUGGCGCUGGUGCUGUCGCUGAGGGUGCUGAGUGUCCACAGCCUGUCCAGUCGCAGUCACUGUUGGAGCCUUCCUCUCCUCUGCCUACUCCCUCUCCUUACACUGGUCCUACUGGAGGUCUUGCUGAGCGUCGUGAGCCUGCGUCUCGUCCCGCGUCGCCUGUUCGUGCUGCUCGCGCUAGUGGUCGCGGUUCGCGUCAGCGUCCUCCUCCUGUCCCUGGCACGCACCGGAUGUCUCUGCGUCCGUCCACUGCUCCUCUGCGUGCCCCUUUGCCUUCUCCUCCUGAGUCCUCUCUUCCUGCGCUUGCCGACCCUGAGUCGGACUCUCUUCGCGCUGCCAGUCCUACUGUCACGCGUCUGCUUGCUACUGUCGUCACUGACCCCUCUUUUGAGUCCACUGCUGCGUCUGCUCUAGUCGCUGAGCUCGUUGACUUUGCUGCUCGCUGUCGUCUCGACUACGCUGCUGGUCUUGUUGCUGAGUCUGCGUCUGUCUGUCCUCCGUCCGUCGGGGGUGAGUGUGCUCUUGGCACGGACGUCCUAGAGGACAGACAGGAGGAGUUACAGUGUCUAGCGGCUGCUUCACCUCAUCUCGCGUCUGUACUGCUUGCCCCUGAGGGAGACCCGGAUGCACUAGACAUCCCGACUCCGCGUUCUUACGCGGAGGCCGUAGAGGGUCCCUACUCCUCUCAGUGGCAGGCAGCUAUGGAUGCAGAGAUGGCUUCCUGGAAGUCCACAGGCACCUACGUUGACGCAGUUCCCCCUCCUGGGGCGAACAUCGUCAGUGGCAUGUGGAUCUUGCGGGUGAAGCGGCCGCCGGGCUCUCCACCUGUCUUCAAGGCGCGGUACGUUGCUCGUGGCUUCAGUCAGCGGCAGGGAGUUGACUACUUUCAGACCUUCUCUCCCACCCCGAAGAUGACCACUCUUCGGGUGCUGCUGCACAUAGCCGCUCAGCGCGACUACGAGCUUCACUCUCUCGACUUCAGCACUGCGUUCCUGCAGGGUAGCCUGCACGAGGAGAUCUGGCUGCGCCGUCCACCUGGCUUCACUGGGACUUUCCCUCCUGGCACCCAGUGGAGCCUCCGACGGCCAGUCUACGGUCUCCGCCAGGCACCGCGUGAGUGGCACGACACACUGAGGACUACGCUUGCGGCUCUUGGGUUUGCUCCUUCUACUGCUGACCCGUCGCUGUUUCUGCGCACCGACACUUCACUGCCGCCGUUCUACAUCCUCGUGUACGUCGACGACUUGGUCUUUGCCACAGCGGACACUGCUGGACUCGCCUACGUGAAGUCCGAACUGCUGAAGAGACACACGUGCACAGACCUGGGUGAACUGCGCAGCUACCUUGGCUUGCAGAUCACUCGGGACAGAGCACGCCGCACCAUUACCUUGACUCAGUCACACAUGGUGCAGCAGGUCCUUCAGCGCUUCGGCUUCACGUACUCCUCGCCCCAGGCCACUCCUCUGCCUACUCGCCACUCACUCUCAGCUCUGCCUUCGGAUGAGUCCGUAGAGUCGAGUGGUCCGUAUGCAGAGCUUGUUGGCUGCCUCAUGUACCUGAUGACCUGCACACGACCUGACCUUGCAUACCCUCUGAGUAUUCUUGCACGCUAUGUUGCUCCUGGGAGACACAGACCAGAGCACAUGGCUGCAGCGAAGAGGGUAUUGCGCUACCUGUGCAGUACGUCGGGCAUGGGGCUUGUGCUUGGAGGGCGGAGUCCAGUGGUCCUUACCGGCCACGCGGACGCUUCUUGGGCUGACGACCAGGCUACUUGUGAGGCUGAGAUCUACGCCGGGGCCAUGGCUGCACAGGAGCUUCGCUGGCUCACCUACCUGCUGACUGACCUUGGAGAGCCGCCUCGUUCUCCUCCAGUGCUGUACGUAGACAACAAGGCCAUGCUGGCCUUGUGUCGAGAGCAGCGCUUGGAGCACAGAACGAAGCACAUUGCUCUCCGCUACUUCCUUGCUCGUGAGCUGCAGCAGCGUGGUCAGUUGCGACUUGCGUACGUGGCCUCUGAGGCCAACACUGCUGAUGUGUUCACCAAGGCACUCGCGCCUUGUGAUCAUCAGCGCUUUUGCACCCAGCUGGGUCUUGUGUCUGUCUUGCCUCACUUGCUCUCCUCUUGA